AUGGUCUAGUAUGCUUGGAUGAUGGCUGAAAAUUCUCCAGUGUUGUUAAUUGUAAUAUUUUACCUUGCUAUAUGUGCCAACGCCAUUGAAAUAAACUGUGGAGGGCGAUUGACUGGUCAAGCAGGCUCAUUAUCAUCCCCAAACAUUGGAGGCAACUACCCAAACAAUGCAUACUGUGUUUGGAACAUCACUGUCGCUUCUGGACAAGUUAUUGACCUAAGAUUUAAAACGCUUGACCUGGACAGAACUGGAGAUCAGAGCUGCAAAGACUAUGUGGAAGUUUAUGAUGGCCGUUCUGAGAAUGAUCUUCGACUGGGUGGCCGAUACUGUGGUUUCUCUAGUGACUCUGGUCUGGCUGCAGUGAAGAUUCGAUCGUCAAGUAAUGUUAUGCUCGUGACCUUUAAAUCUGACGACAGGGUUACAAGAACUGGAUUUACAGCUUCCUACUGGGCACAUGAUUGUCCCCCUUUCAUGUACGGUGACGAAAAGUGCAACACAUCGUGUAUCUGUCACAAAAAUAACACGAACUAUUGUGGCAAUUUUGAUGGUCGGUGCUACUGUAAAAACGGAUGGAUGUACUCUGAUUGUUCGAUUCUUCAGAAUUAUUGUACAGAACCUAACACAUGCCCAGGACCGUACUCCAAUUGCACUAGUCUACCAGGAGGACAUGAUUGUGUUUGUCCAAUCGGAAUGACACUCGAAGAUGACAGGUGUAUUGACUCUGCGACUUGUACUAAAAAGAAUUGCUCUCAUGCUUGUGGUGUGACACCAGACAACCCAGAAAUAGAGACUUGCUAUUGUCCCAAAGGAAUGAAGCUGAAUUCCACGGAUAAUUCCACUUGCUUCGAUUGUGAGGAAAGCAGGUAUGGAGAAGACUGUCAGUAUACAUGUAACUGCAAUCGAAUUAAUUCUAUUUCUUGUAAUAAAAGUAAUGGCCUAUGUAACUGUCACAUUGGCUGGCAGGGUCCAACAUGUAACGAUGAUGUCGAUGAAUGUACGCUAAUGAGACAACCUUGUAAUUCUAGCGUUCAAUGUUACAACACUCAGGGGUCGUAUCAAUGUCUCUGUUUACCGGGAUACGAAAAAACAUCAGUGGAUUCAGAAUGUAAAGAAUGUGGACAAGUAUUAAAUGAGACUUUUGGCACUAUAAUUUCUGGUAGACAUGCAGAAGUUACUAAUUAUUAUAAAUAUGUUGAAUGCAGUUGGACUAUCAAGGCACCCAUUGGAGAAGUUGUAUCUCUUAGUUUUCAGUACAUUAAUCUCUAUAGUCGAUGUGGGACGUACAGUUACUUGGAAAUCUAUGAUAUCAUGAAUGACACAUCCACAUUAUUAGAAUAUGUCUAUAACCCAUCACCAAAGAGAAUCAUCAGAACAAAAGGAAAUGAAAUGAAAGUAGUUAGAAUUCCUGCUAAGUGUUAUUCUUUGUAUGGAUACCAAUCUGCUGGAUUUAAUGCUACCUACUGGACUCAUAGUUGUGAUCCAUUCAUGUACAAUGCUAACUGUUCAGAGCCAUGUAGAUGUGUACAAAAUAAUACAGAGAGAUGCAAUAGUACCACUGCGGAAUGUAUCUGUAAAUCUGGAUGAUUUGGUACCUACUGCGAUCAAGAUGUCAAUGAAUGUCUCCAGUCAAAGUAUAGCGUAGGCCUAUGUCCUGACUAUUCCAAUUGUCUCAAUCUGCCAGGAUCUUAUGAGUGCAGGUGUAAGGAAGGUCUAAUGAUGAGCCUCAACAACACUUGCAUAAUAAACAACAACUUAUCAACUGUUUGUAACACAAGGAACUGUUCUCAUGUUUGUGUUAGUGUUUUUAACAAUCAGACUGCUUCAUCAAUUGAACGAUGCUAUUGUCCUGUAGGAAUGGAGCUAGAAGGAGAUCAGUGUAUUGAUUGUAGAUCAUUUUAAUUUGGACCUGACUGUCAGUGGAAUUGCGAUUGUGUAAUUAAUAAUACAAAAUUGUGUCACCCUGUAACUGGAGGAUGUGAUUGCUGGAAAAACUGGACAGGCUCUUAUUGUAGU